GGCAAGGUCAUGGGAGUGAUGUCAUGGUCAUGUGACUGCUGCCUGUACUCAUUCCCUCUGCUUCCCUGGUACUAACAUUCUGAAAAGCAAAUUGUGUAACCUGCCUCCAGCUCACCGGAACAGAGACCUGAGCAGAAAAAUUUUAUCCUGAUGGCUGACUCUAAACCACUCCCCUCCCUUGACUGGGACCCCGUGGCUGCAGAAACCUUGCUUCGGGACGUGUUUGGGGUUGUUGUGGAUGAAGUCAUUUGGAAAGGGACCAGUGCUUCCGAGAAGGUCUGCGAGUGGAAGGAGCCAGAGGAGCUGAAGCAGCUGCUGGAUUUGGAGCUGCGGAGCCAGGGGGAGUCAAAGGAGCAAAUCCUGGAGCGGUGCCAGGCUGUGAUCCGCUACAGCGUGAAGACCUGUCACCCUCGCUUCUUCAACCAGCUCUUCUCAGGGUUGGAUCCCCAUGCCCUGGCCGGGCGUAUUGUCACCGAGAGCCUCAACACCAGCCAGUACACUUAUGAAAUCGCCCCCGUGUUUGUACUCAUGGAAGAAGAGGUGCUGAAAAAACUCCGGGCGUUGGUGGGCUGGAGCUCUGGGGAUGGGGUCUUCUGCCCUGGUGGCUCUGUCUCCAACAUGUAUGCCGUGAACCUGGCCCGCUAUCAGCGCUUUCCUGAUUGCAAGCAGAAGGGCCUCCGGGCACUGCCACCCCUGGCCCUCUUCACAACGAAGGAGUGUCACUACUCCAUCAAUAAAGGAGCUGCUUUCCUGGGACUUGGCACCGACAGUGUCCGAGUGGUCAAGGCGGAUGAGAGAGGGAAGAUGAUCCCUGAGGAUCUGGAGAGGCAGAUCAGUCUGGCCGAAGCUGAGGGUGCUGUGCCGUUCCUGGUCAGUGCCACCUCUGGGACUACUGUUCUGGGGGCCUUUGAUCCCCUGGAAGCAAUUGCUGACGUGUGCCAGCGUCGUGGACUGUGGCUGCACGUGGAUGCUGCCUGGGGUGGAAGCGUCCUGCUGUCACAGACCCAUAGACAUCUCCUGGAUGGGAUCCAGAGAGCUGACUCCGUGGCCUGGAACCCCCACAAGCUCCUCGCAGCAGGCCUGCAGUGCUCAGCUCUCCUUCUCCGUGACACCACGAAUCUGCUCAAGCGCUGCCACGGGUCCCAGGCCAGCUACCUCUUCCAGCAGGACAAGUUCUACGAUGUGGCCCUGGACACGGGAGACAAGGUGGUGCAGUGUGGCCGCCGGGUGGACUGUCUGAAGUUGUGGCUCAUGUGGAAGGCACAGGGCGGGCAAGGGCUGGAGCGGCGUGUCAACCAGGCCUUUGCCCUUGCCCGAUACCUGGCGGAGGAAAUGAAGAAGCGGGAAGGAUUUGAGUUGGUCAUGGAGCCAGAGUUUGUCAAUGUGUGUUUCUGGUUUGUGCCUCCCAGCCUGCGGGGCAAGCAGGAGAGUCUGGAUUACAGUGAAAGGCUGGCUAAGGUGGCCCCAGUACUCAAGGAGCGCAUGGUGAAGGAGGGCUCCAUGAUGAUUGGCUACCAGCCCCAUGGGACCCGGGGCAAUUUUUUCCGCUUGAUCGUGGCCAACCCCGCGCUGACCCAGGCCGAUAUGGACUUCCUCCUCGAUGAGCUGGAACGGCUAGGCCAGGACCUCUGAGUCCUCCUCUCACUGCUGGCCUUGACCCUCCUUCCUCCCCUCUGGCUCUGCGUGUCCCCUCCCUGUGUUCUCCAGACCAAUCUUUUUAGGAAACAGAGUGGCCGUAAUAAUGUUUAUAUCCUUUGACCUACUAACUCUCCUCUUAAAUAUGUGAUAUUAGGAGAAUGUUUAAUAAACUACAGUAUAUUCUUACGAUGGAAUGUUAGGCUGCCUUUAGAAUUAUGUUUACAAAAAGGGUGUUUAUUGAUAUGAGAAAAAUAAUUUUAAUAUAAUGUUGAAAAAUCUGGA